AUGUGUACUUGUGGUCAACCCAAUCACCCAGGAGAGCCGUGCAAUGAACAUAAGAAAUGUAUCAACUGUGAAGGACAGCAUGCUGCUGAUUCUAGAGAAUGUCCGCGGAUGAAGGAAGAAGUUGCCAUCCAAAGAGUGAGGACGCUAGAAAAAAUUAGUUAUCUGGAGGCAAAAAGGAAAGUAAUUAGCUCAUCUCCCCGGGUGUCAUACGCUCAAGUUACCGCUACCCCAAGUGCUACAGUUAAUAAACUUGUUGAAGAACUCUUCCUCUGCUUUCAAAAACGAUAG